AUGUACGGCUGGUUGCUGGAGAGUGUUCAACACUUUAUAGUGGAAGAAUGUGGAGAAGAAAUAUGGGAGACUAUUCUCCGAGAGUCAGGUGCGCGCAAUACUGUUUUCAGCGCUACACAGCAAUAUCCUGACGCCCUGAUGUUACGACUCGCGAGCGCUUUAGCAAGACUGCUGACAAAAGAGAGUAACAGUACGUCAACCUCCAAAGCAAGUAGCCCUGCACCUCGGAAACGUUCUCUAAAAUCGAAACCGAGCUGGCGAAGUGCUUCGGUUCAGACUGACAACAGAACACAAAACUAUAAAUGUCCUUUCACUGCUACCAACGCAUUGACCGCCGUCACCAAAAAGGAGAUCGAUGCUUACAAUUCUUCUGAAGAGAUAAGACCAACGGUCGCUUCAUCCACCAGCAGGAUAAAUGAAGAAACGACUCCUUGCAGGGAAUUUCAAAGACGAAGUUCUGGUAUUAAAUUUGAAAGCACCAUAGUUAAAGAACCUGUUGUAAAACCGAUUCUUGAAUCGGAUCAAACUGAAGAUAUGCCAACAACAUCUGAAGUCAGUUCUGCACCGGUUUCCCCAGAUUCAGAAGUUGGAAAGAAGGGCUCAAUAAAGAAAAGUACAGCACGUAAAACCAGCUGUACCGUUGCGUUAGAUGUCUACAAACGUCGUGGCUCUAUUAUUUCUGCUCGACAACGCCUGAACAGUAUUAGUCUUAUAAACGGUGACAAGCUGAAUAUGUUACGGGAGAAAUUUGAAACUCCCGAGAAGGUGAUGCAUUUCUUUGGCAGAUGUUUCGUGAAGUUUUUUAGUAAUUAUGGCUACGAUAAAAUGAUCCGUGCAACAGGGCGUUACUUCUGCACAUUUCUCCAGUCUGUUGACAACAUACAUCAGCGCAUGCGCUUCACAUUCCCGCGCAUGCGCUCGCCGAGCAUGCAGCUGACUCGUGCGCACCGACACGGAGCAGAACUGGUAUACAGCAGCGGCAGGACUGGUUUCACACAUUAUCUCAUGGGUCAAUUGUAUGAAAUAGCGGAGGACAUAUUCUCUUUGAAGCUGAAGGUAUCAAUUGUAAAGGAGAGCAUGGAAGGUAAUUACUACGUAGCGGUACUCAGACUUGAGUUCGACAACAGCGACUAUGUUCAAUCGUUGAUGCUCCGCAAGAGUGUGCCGUGUUCCUUUCCGGCAGUUCCAGCAUCAUUGCUACUUCAACUCUUCCCUUUUGGAGUGUUGCUGGAUAGAAGAAUGAAUAUCCUCAUGGCUGGAGAUAAACUAGUGCAUGCUUGGGGAGGGCCGCUAAAUCGUAUAGAAAAGGCACCCAUCGCCGAAAUUUUGCGGUUGAGGAAACCAAAAGUGUCAUUUACGUGGGAUAAGGUGGUGUGUAUGCAGACAAUGAUAUUUGACUUGGAGCUGCUAUACUACCGGGCGCGCGGAGGCACUGAGGCUAGACGAGGAUCGCACGGCGCUCGCUCCAUACUGCUGAGGGGGCCCAUCUAUUUACUGGAGGAAAUUGAUGCACUUAUAUUCUUGUGCAGUCCCAUAUUCAAUGAUCUCGAAGAAUUGCGCCAAGUAGGUUUAUUCGUAGCUGAUAUGAACGGACAUGGACUAUCAAAGGAAAUGCUUUUACAAGGCUGGCAACAUCUCUCCAGAUUGGAACUGCUUUUUGAAAAAGCGGAAAGUAGAAGUCUUUCUCUAGAGAAGUCCUGCAGACUCCUGGACCAAUGGAAGAAAAGAGGAGACCAACUAUUGUAUUCUAUGAUACCGAAAGGAAUUGCUGAGCAUUUGAGGGCGGGAAAGGACCCCAUGGCGGCUUGUCAGGCGUUCGACAAUGUUACAAUAAUAUUUUGUGGCGUGCAACUAGCGCAGGACGAUACUCGUCCCGAUGUCAUGCAGACUGUGUGCAGACAUGUGGCUUACAUAAACGACGUAUACUCCAGGAUAGACAGACUGCUUGACACACAUCGCGUAUAUAAGGUGGAAACCGUGGGGACGGUUUAUAUGUUGGUGUCGGGAGCUCCAGAACGGCGCCGGACACACGCCGCCUCUGCCGCAAGCGCUGCUCUUGCCAUCCUGAGGGCAAUACCUGUGCUCACUAUUGGUAUUCACACCGGUCCAGUGGUGGGUGGUGUGUUGGGGUUACGCCUUCCUCGGUACUGCCUUGUGGGUGACACCGUCAAUACCGCAAGUAGGAUGCAAACGACUUCCGAGCCUGGUCGAAUUCAGAUAUCUGCUUUGUCUGCUGCGCAACUACCAGCAGGGAGGUUUAGGCUGCGACCACGAGGAAAUAUCAAAGUUAAGGGUAAAGGCAUGAUGGAGACAUUCUGGCUGGAGGGUGAAGUGGAGGAAGAAGACCAGAAUGAAGCUUUACAGUUAUUCUCAACUUUGUGUGGCGAAAACUAG